AUGAACACAACAGUGAAUCUAUGGAACUGCUCCAGUCUGUUAAACCCAACAGCUCAAAAAAUUGGAGAAUCCUUUGCUUUUUUUCUGAUCUUCGUUGUCUCGUUAGUCGGGAAUACUUCCAUCGCCUUGAUUGUCUACAAGACGCAAAGCAUGAGAACACCGAUCAAUUAUUUCAUCGCAAACAUGGCCAUAUCCGACCUGAUGUUUCCAUUACUCCUUGUUCCCCGGGAAAUAACAUGGCUGUACACCGCCGGUUCCUGGCUUAACAGCGGUCCUCUCGGCAAGACAUUGUGCAAAGUGAUCCCUUUCUUAACGAAUGCCUCCAUGCUAGUGUCAAUACAGAGUCUGGUUUUGAUAGCAGUGGAUCGCCUUGGAGCUGUGCUGUUUCCGCUCCGUUCUCCACUAAUCAGUUCCAAGCUGUGUCCCUUCGUUAUUUUCAUCACGUGGAUCGUGGCGAUCGCAGUAAAAGCCCCGUUUCUGUUCUCCGUCAAAGUGGUUGAAUACCCGCGAGGGCAACAGGCGUGCCGAUGGCGGUGGGUUGAAGUAUUUGGCGAUUCUUCGUCUGAAGAUAACUACUUUCUUGUGGUAUAUAUCACAUUUAUUUACACCCCGCUUGUCUUGCUCAUAAUAGUCUACUCCAUCCUCUUAAUUAAGCUCUGGUCAGAAAAGAUACCCGGCGACCAAUCGAUCAGCACUAAUGCUCAUUCCGUGCGCGCGAAAAGAAACAGAGACGUCUCCAAGAUGGCUGUGGCUACUGUGUUGACUUUCGUACUAUGCUGGGUACCCUACAGUAUAGUCGACUCUUUAUUAUACUUUGCAUCGGGUUAUGACAAUAACUGCUCUAUGGUACUGAUCUUGCACAUCGCUCUUUUCAUGGCUUUUUCAAAUUGUGCUAUAAACCCUAUAAUUUGUUUCAUUUUCUGUAGCAAAUAUCGUCAAGGUUUUAAAAGAAUUUUUCAGUACUUCGACUAA